GCCUGCCUUCCAUCUUUACGGACAUGUAUUUCCAUUGUUAGAGCGGCGAAUAGACUCUCUUGUCAAUAUAAUAGACCAUCUUUGUGUCAGAGCUGAUCAUAACAACCUUCUAGUUAGCAGCUUUGAGUUUGUCUUCCAUUUGAGAGUGAGCAUUUAUUAGUGCCGUGUUAACGACUGAAAUAAUAACCGGACAUAAACACAGAUCGUCAUUAUGCCUUCUGCUUGUGACUCCCCGAUCGAUGACAUUGAGGACAUGGUGUCAGCUGACGACCCGACUCCACAGGAGAGGCAGUAUGCCAGGAAGAGCAUCGUCCCCAGAGCCAGGAAGAGAAACACCCAGCAGACGACAGAGGUGCUGCAAGCAGACAGCGUGAUCCCGGGCAUGCAGAAGAUCUGGAUGAGGACGUGGGGCUGCUCCCACAACAACUCAGACGGGGAAUACAUGGCUGGACAGCUGGCAGCGAGCGGAUACAAGAUGACAGGGUCCUGUUUCCCUGAUGAAGACCCUCCUGUUCAUUUCUCUAUAAUGUCUGUAAAGGGUCCUGUUUCCCUGAUGAAGACCCUCCUGUUCAUUUCUCUAUAAUGUCUGUAAAGGGUCCUGUUUCCCUGAUGAAGACCCUCCUGUUCAUUUCUCUAUAAUGUCUGUAAAGGGUCCUGUUUCCCUGAUGAAGACCCUCCUGUUCAUUUCUCUAUAAUGUCUGUAAAGGGUCCUGUUUCCCUGAUGAAGACCCUCCUGUUCAUUUCUCUAUAAUGUCUGUAAAGGGUCCUGUUUCCCUGAUGAAGAC